GCCAGCGCGGGAGAGAUGGCGACCAUCGCCGUCCCGACGCCCCUGCCAUCCCCGGCCGCCGACGCGGAGAGCCUCAGGAAUGCCGUGCAAGGCUGGGGCACGGACGAGAAGGCCCUGGUGGAGAUCCUCGGCCGGCGCACCGCCGCGCAGCGCGCCGAGAUCCGCCGCGCCUACGCCAGCCUCUACAAGGAGUCCCUCCUCACCCGCCUCCACGGCGAGCUCUCCGGCCACUUCCAGAAAGCGAUGGUGCUGCUGGCGACGGAGCCGGCGGAGAGGGACGCGAAGCUGGCGAGGGAGGCCCUGGGCAGGCGGGGCGACGACAGGGACGCGUGGGUGCUCAUCGAGGCCGCCUGCGCCGCCACGCCGGACCACCUCCUCGCCGUCCGCCGCGCGUACCGGUCCCUCCAUGGAUCCUCCCUGGAGGAGGACGUCGCCGCCUGCCCUGCGUUCCAAGAACCGCUCAGGAAGCUGCUGGUGAGCCUGGUGAGGUCGUACCGGUGCGCGGAGGGGAGCGUGGACAUGGCCGUGGCGAAGCAGGAGGCCGCGCAGCUGGCGGAGGCCAUCCGGAGGAAGAAGCAGCCGCACGGCGGCGAGGUCGUCCGGAUCGUGAGCACCAGGAGCAAGCCGCAGCUCGCCGCCACGUUCCGGUGCUACAAGGAACAACAUGGCAGCGACAUCGAAGAGGACAUGAAGCAGUACAGCAGCAGCCAGUUUGCGAGGAUGCUCAAGAUUGCUGUCUGGUGCCUCACAUCUCCUGAAAAGCACUUCGCAGAGGUUAUCAGGUACUCCAUCUUAGGACUUGGAACAGACGAGGACGCGCUCACCAGGGCGAUCGUGUCCAGGGCCGACAUCGACAUGAAAAGGAUCAAGCAAGAGUACAGGGUAAGAUUCAAGACGACGGUGACGGACGAUGUCGUCGGUGAUACCUCGGGGUAUUACAUGGAUAUCUUGCUGGCCUUGGUAGGGAAGGAGUGAAGAUUGAAAUAUUUUUUUCAUUUCUACUGCGAGACAAGAUAUUGGUGCUUGCAUCAAAUAAACGUCUAAUAGACAGCUGAUCAUGUUGUUUGUUUGGGAACAUCGUGUCCACAAAUCAUAAAAGCGUAACUUUAUUAGAUGUGGAAACACCAAAAAUAGUUCUCUUCCUUC